AUGCCUCUCAUAGUGUCCUGCACCACUGUAAAGUCCUCUGAUGGGGAGAACCUGGUUAUCUUCUGGAAAAAUGCGUCAAAAACGCCUUUCGGGCCUGUUCUUGGAGAAAAGCUUUUGAAACAGCUUGAUACCGCAAUUCUUGAGCUUCAAUCUGCCUACAAACCACCUAAGCCCCCUGCAACUGACAAAAGACACAAAAACGCCGAGAAACCGGCUACCUGUCUGAUUCAGAAGCCUGGUGUCUGCGGGCUUUACCAUUUCGCAUGGUGGUUUGCGCAAGGUCAAGCAAAGACAAAAGCACCUGUCAUUUCCGCUAAUCUAAUUGAAACCGCCUACAAAAACCAAGCUUGCAUACAAUUUUUUCGUCAAAUUGCGCCCUUCCUGCAGAUUCUCGGGCUUAUCUACCAAAUUAUUGAUCCACAGGACUACUGGAGUGCACUCUCACGGGUUCGCGUUAUGCGAGCACGUGGUGGUGCCUGGGACCUUUUCUGUACAAGCAGAAGAUUUCCAUUCCAUGGUGUAGCUGUCUUGCGCAACCUACAGGUAAGGCCUCAUAGAGAUAGAGGUGACAGGAAAGAUGGAUAUACAAUGAUGAUAUGUGCCGGAAAUUUCACCAAGGGUCACCUAGUCAUACCAGACUUGAGAAUAAGACUUGAUUUCAAGCCUGUAGAUGUGAUAAUGUUCAAAGCCGCAAUACUGGAGCAUUACCUCACUGAUUUUGAAGGUGACAGGACUAGCUUUGUGUUCUUCAAUCACCAGAAUAUAUGGAACUACACUAAGCUAGCUUAA